GAGCUGCUGAGACUGGUGAAUGGGAGGAACCAGUGCGAGGGGCGUGUGGAGGUGUACUAUCGGGGCACAUGGGGCACAGUGUGUGAUGAUUCCUGGGAUGUGAUGGACGCUCAGGUGGUCUGCAAGCAGCUGGGCUGUGGAGAAGCCAUCUCUGCCCCUACAAAUGCCCGGUUCGGUCAAGGCUCCGGACUUAUUCUCCUGGACAACGUGAACUGUGUUGGGAAUGAAUCCUCUCUGGAAAAUUGUUCCCGCAGUUUAUGGAACAUCCACAACUGUGGUCACUGGAAGGAUGCCAGUGUCAUCUGUACAGGACAAGAGACUACUCCUUCAGAAACAACAUAUGCUUCAUCAGCAACCCAGGAAAUUCCUUCCAUCACAGUGAGACUGGUGAAUGGGAGCACUCACUGUGAGGGGCGUGUGGAGCUGUAUUAUCAGGGCACUUGGGGCACGGUGUGUGAUGAUUCCUGGGAUGUGAUGGAUGCCCAGGUGGUCUGCCGGCAGGUGGGCUGCGGAGAAGCCAUCUCUGCCCCUCUCAGUGCCCGGUUCGGCAUGGGCUCUGGCCGUAUUCUCCUGGAUGAUGUGAACUGUUCCGGGAAUGAAUCCUCUCUGGAAGACUGUGCCCACAAUGGAUGGGGUACCCACAACUGUGCCCACCCUGAGGAUGCCAGUGUCAUCUGCACAGGUGCUCCUCUGACAAUCACAGAAAUUCCCCCACAAGAUACAACUCCUUUGGAAACAACAACACAAGAUACAACUCCUUUGGAAACAACAAGACAAGAUGCUACUUCUGUGCAAACAACAGCCAUCGCAGUGAGACUGGUGAAUGGGAACACUUCUUGCGAGGGGCGUGUAGAGCUGUAUUAUCAGGGCACUUGGGGCACAGUGUGUGAUGAUUCCUGGGAUGUGAUGGAUGCCCAGGUGGUCUGCCGGCAGCUGGGCUGCGGAGAAGCCAUCUAUGCCCCUAUUAGUGCCCGGUUCGGCCCGGGUUCUGGCCGUAUUCUGCUGGAUGAUGUAAACUGUUCCGGAAAUGAAUCCUCUCUGGAAGACUGUGCCCACAAUGGAUGGGGUACCCACAACUGCGCCCACCCUGAGGAUGCCAGUGUCAUCUGCACAGAAGGAAGGGCCAUCGCAGUGAGACUGGUGAAUGGGAACACUUCUUGCGAGGGGCGUGUGGAGCUGUAUUAUCAGGGCACUUGGGGCACGGUGUGUGAUGAUUUCUGGGAUGUGAUGGACGCCCGGGUGGUCUGCCGGCAGCUGGGCUGCGGAGAAGCCAUCUCUGCCCCUGUGAGUGCCCGGUUCGGUGCGGGCUCCGGACGUAUUCUCCUGGAUGAUGUGAACUGUUCCGGGAGUGAAUCCUCUCUGCAAAGCUGUUCCCACAAUGGAUGGGGCAACCACAACUGUGCCCACCCUGAGGAUGCCAGUGUCAUCUGCACAGGGGCUCCUCUGACAACCACAGGAAUUCCCCCUAUCGCAGUGAGACUGGUGAAUGGGAGCACUUUUUGCGAGGGGCGUGUGGAGCUGUAUUAUCAGGGCACUUGGGGCACGGUGUGUGAUGAUUCCUGGGAUGUGAUGGAUGCCCGGGUGGUCUGCCGGCAGCUGGGCUGCGGAGAAGCCAUCUCUGCCCCUAUGAGUGCCCGGUUCGGCGCGGGCUCCGGACGUAUUCUCCUGGAUGAUGUGAACUGUUCCGGGCGUGAAUCCUCUCUGCAAAGCUGUUCCCACAAUGGAUGGGGCAACCACAACUGUGCCCACCGGGAGGAUGCCAGUGUCAUUUGUACAGAAUAUGAGCAUGUUACUCCAGAACCAGCUGGAGACAGUUUGGGGCUGAGGCAGCGACAGCUCAGACAGGUGUCUGAAGCAGGAAAGACCACCUUCUGGACCCUUCCGUCCUCCAGAAUAGUUUCACAACUGUUUGACUCCUCCACAAGCCAGAGUCCCUUUCCAUUCGUCCUCACUGGGAAAGAGAUUAGAUCUGAGACCCUGAUCAGUGAAAGACCAGGUUUCACAGGUGUAGAGCGAAAAAACUCUCCUAGUUUAUCUUCUUACACUAAUACAUUCUCUGCUUGUACCUUAAAAGCCUGGCCACAGCUGAAACUAGUAAAUGGUUCCAGCAGAUGUUCUGGACGUGUUGAAGUUUACUUUCAGGGCAAAUGGGGCAAGGUCUGUGAUGAUCACUGGGAUAUGAAUGAAGCGGAAGUGGUCUGCCGGCAACUGCGCUGUGGACAGGCUAUUUCAGCCCCAGAGGAGGCCCAUUUUGGUGACGGUUCAGGAGAGAUUUUCCUGGAUAAUGUUUAUUGUACGGGAAGAGAAAGCUCCCUGGGACAAUGUCCCCAUUCUGGGUGGUCUCUACACAACUGUGGCCAUGGAGAGGAUGCCAGCGUCAUCUGUACAGGAAACCCGCAGUCUCUGCGCCUGGCAAACGGCACCGGGAGAUGCUCAGGCCGCGUCGAAGUUUAUCACGACGGGAUGUGGGGAACGGUGUGUGAUGACUUUUGGGAUCUGAAUGAAGCGGAGGUGGUAUGCCAGCAGCUCUGGUGUGGGGGAGCGGUUUCCGCCCCCGGAGGGGCCCGCUUUGGACCGGGUUCAGGCGAGAUCCUGCUGGAUAAUGUGCACUGUCUUGGGAAUGAAAGUCACCUCACCCAGUGCCCUCACAGCGGCUGGUUGGCACACAACUGCGGUCAUGAUGAAGAUGCCAGUGUCAUCUGCUCAGGAAUUACCAGGAAUGUGCCCCUGAGACUGGUGGAUGGACAUCACAGGUGUGAAGGUCGUGUGGAAGUGUCCUACAGAGGAACCUGGGGCACUGUGUGUGACGACAGCUGGGACGUGAUGGAUGCCCAGGUUGUAUGUCGUCAGUUGGGCUGCGGAUCGGCUGUCUCCGCCCUAGGGCAGAGCUACUUUAAAGAAGGCUCAGGGGACAUCGCCCUGGACAACGUCCAGUGCUUGGGGACAGAAUCUUCCCUAGGACAGUGUACUCACAACGGCUGGUUCUCCCACAACUGUGGUCACAACGAGGAUGCUGGUGUGGUCUGCUCAGGUACCCUGAUACUCUCACAAAGUGAAUACUGGAGAAAGAUUCAGAUCUAG